GUAAUCAGGAAAUGGUUUAGUGAAUUCUUGACGACCAUUAUGUGUUUCCUAAUGUUUUCUACGUCGAUUUUGACCAAAACUAGAAAAAGGAAACAGAAGACGAUAGCUAGGGUUUCUCCUUCCAGAUUGAUGUUGGGAAAAUUAUUCCCUGUUGAAAUCUUGAUAUUGAUAAUCACGUUAUCUCCAUCCAAAUAAACCUUUUAUUUUAGGUGGGAAUAUGGUGAGUCCUCAAGGCUUGCAUGAAGAAAGAUUGGUAGCUGUGGCCAUUGAUAAAAAUAAAGGAAGCCAAUAUGCACUUAGAUGGGCUACUGAGAAUGUAAUUGCAAAAGGCCAAAAGGUCACGUUACUCCAUGUUCCUCAAAAUACAUCAACGCCUCCAUCCCCAACGUCAUAUCACAAUGUAGGAGGCAAUGAUUCAUCAAUUGGACAAGAUCCAAACAACCAAUGUACAGAUUUGUUUCUUCCUUUUCGAGUCUUUUGUUCUUUCAAAGAAGUAGCAUAUGACCUAAUCACACUUGAAGGUCAUGACAUUGCUAAGGCUCUCAUUGACUAUGUUUCACUAUAUAGAGUUCAAAAUUUGGUACUUGGUUGUCCAUCAAAGAAUGGGAUUUCAAGACUUUUCACUAAAAGUGAUGUUGCAAAUAUUGUACUGAAAAAGGCACCGAGCUUUUGCAAUAUUUACAUAGUUGCCAAAGGAAAGAUCAGUUCUGCAAGAUUGGCUUCUCACCCGUUGAAAAAGAGAUCCUCAAUUCCUAGCAUACAAAUUCCACAACGCAAUUCCAACUUUGAUGCAACUAGUUUCAUGUCACCGUUUUCAAGGCUUAGUACAUCAACAAACAAGAUAUCAGAUGAGCUUAAUGUGCCAAAAGCCGAGCACUCAUUUCCAGCAAAAGUGGUGAUCACCCUACGAGUUUCAUUGGAUCAAGGUUGUCUGGUUUUAGUCCUACAAGGUUGGUUGAUCAUCUUGACUCCGCAUAUGACUUUCUACUAUCCGAACAGAAAUGUGAAGAAAACUCAUUGUCCUCAGAUAAAAUUGUAA